AUGCGGGCCACAGGGUCUCCCAGUGGAGCCGCGUUCGGGGGAGGCGUAUCUGGUCCAGGUGGGACGCACGGGGCAGGUGCAUUCGGGGGAGGUGCGUCUGGUGCAUCUGGUGGGAGGGGCAGCAGCAGCAGCAUGCGGAGGCGGGCUGUGCUGGGGUUGGGGGGAGACAGUGCAGGGGACGAUGACAGCCUAGCAGGGGGCACGAGUGAUGGGGGCGUGGUGGGCAUGGGCUUCAGCACAGACGAGGAAAACGGCUCCCCUGAUGGCGAUACCUCUUUUCAUGCCGCUCGUGGUGGCGGUGGUGCUGCUGCUGCUGGUGCUGGUGCCGGUGCUGCUGCUGCUGCUGCUGCUGGUGCUGGGGUUGGUGGAGGAGGAGGUGACAAGCGCACGCCUGGUGGAAGCUCGGGCGCAGAAGGUUCGUCUCAGAUUGCACCUCCCCAGGGCAUGCCUCGUCAGGAUAAAUCUUCCCAGGAUAAGCCUCCCCCGGGUCGUUCCCCUGGGCUGCUGCAGCCCAUGAGCGCCUCUUCCUCAAUGGCGUCCCUGGCCCCUCAGUUAAUUGCCGCCACGCCCCUCCCUCUGCACCCCUCUGGCCCCUCCGGUGGCUUUAUUGGCUCUCCUGGGUUUGGGGGGUCGGGUGGGUCUACUGCGGGUGGUGGUUUGGGGAGCCAAGGCGCGCUGAGCAGCAGCGGUGAGAGGCACGGGUGUUUUUCUUUGCACCCCCACCAGCCCUCAAACGCUUCUGGCUAUGCCCCGCUUGCUCCACCUGCUGCUGCUAGCGCAGCAUCCCUUCACAUUCCGCCUCCUCCUGCUGGUGCAUCUGGUCCGGGUGCGGCGGGUGGGAGGAGCAAGGGCGAGGAGGUCGCAAUGCUGUUACCGGGUGACGAUGCGGACUUUGCGCAGGCGUUACAGCGGUACGAGCAGCGGCAGCUGCAGGUGCUGGACAGCGAGCAGAUUGAUAAGCUGUGGUACACCGAUGGGGUGCACUCCCACUGGCACACCCACAGCCACAGCCACAGCCACAGCCACAGCCACAGCCACAGCCACAGCCACAGCCACAGCCACAGCCACAGCCACAGCCGCAGCCACGGCAGCACACAAGCGGUUGGAAACGCGCACGCAGGCAGGCAUGACAGCAAGGAUUUUUUUGAGAAUGGCAGGCACAGCAAGGAUUCUGAUCGGAAUGGCACGGAGGAGCCAGGUUGCAAGGACGACGGCAUGCAAGGAGGCGAGAGUAAGGGAGGACCUGCGACUGGGGAGAAGCAAGGAGUUGCUGAGGAGAGCCACAAGCAGCAUCAGCAGCAAGUGCAUGAGGCAACGAAAAGGAGCAAGAGAGAGCGGGAGCGGCCUGUGAAAGGGCAGGAAGUUGAUGGGGUGCAAGGUCGGCAGGGGCCAGCAGUGGACGGACUCAGGGAAUUUGAUGUUGCCGAUAGAAAUGCUGCUGGUGGUGCUGGCAGCUGUGGUGGUGGGGGGUAUGUUAGUGCUGGAAGGGAGGGGAGCAGAAGGGAGAACGUGCGAGAGAUGCUGUGGGAGUCACUUUGCUCAGACGAGGAGCUAGGCGGCUUCAAGAGAGCUGCUGCUGGUGUAGGUGGUAACCCUGUUGGAGCUGGUAACUGCGAUGCAGGUGGUUACCGCAACGAUGGCACCCGCAGUGGGAGGUGGAGCGAGGAGCUGGAGAUUGGGGUGGCUGUGCGCGGGCUGGGGUUUCUGGUGGAGCAGUCACCGGACCCGGGAGGCAGAGCAGCAGGAGCAAGCAGGGGCACGGCUGGAGCUGCUAACACUGUGGUUGGGGGAAUGGGUCAUGUGGGAGGGGUGCAUACAAGGGUGGGGCGUGGGCGGGAGAGUUCGGUUUCAGGGGCAGGGGGGCGUGCAGGGUCUGCCUCACAGGGGGAUGGGGGUGGGGAUGAUGCGAGGUCGGUGCUAUCUGCUGCUGCUGCCACUGCUGGAUGGGUGGAGCGGAAUCUAGCAGCGUUUGGGCUUGCUGGCGCGUUUGGGAUGAGAGGGGGGGGUGGUGGGGGUGCGGGUGAGAAGGGGAAGGGAGGGGCGAGUGGUGGGGAGGUGGGUGGAGUGGGUGGGGGUGGGAGUGGGGAUGAUAGAGUGUUGCUGGCGGAAGCAGCAGAGAGGGAUCCGUUGAAGGAAGAGGAGGAAGAGGAGGAAGGGGGAGGGCUGCUGCUGAGUGCACGUGUGAAGAAAGGGCGCGGUGCAAUGCGUGCAUGGGACGUCCGUGGCAGAAUCCAAGGCGCUGGCGAUGCUGUGGGAGGGGCAUUGGGGGGAGGAGUGGGGGGAGUAGGGGAGGAGGGGAGAGGGCAAGGGCUGCGGCCGGCGUGGCUGCUGGAGAGUGAGUGGCUGCAGCAGCAGCAGCAGCGGAGGGAGGAGGAGCAGGCGCAGCUGGAGAUGCAGCAGUACCUGGGCAUGGGGCAGAGGGGCGGGAGUAGGGGUGAGGAGCAGAGCAAGGAGAUGCGUGCAUUUGGAGAGGGAAGACAGAUGCACGCUCAGAUCGUGGGGGCGUUCUCAGCAGAGGCAAGGGGCGAGGCCAUAGUGGGAUACUCCAUUGCAGUCACGGGCCUCGAUGGCUCCGCAUGGAUCGUCCGACGCAGGUAUCGCAACUUCUGGCAGCUGCACCAGCAGCUGAAGCGGCGCAGCCCCACAGCAAGCAGCCUACAGCUACCACCCAAGCGGUUCUUCCACGGUGGGCGGGACGAGGAGCUCAUUCGGGACAGACUGCUGCAGCUGCACGCUUACGUCAAGGGCAUCAUGGCUCGUGAGGAGCUGGCUACAUCGCCUGAGGUUAUCGACUUCCUCUCCCCUGACUCCAAGGCGUUUGAAUCCCACAUCACCGUGUCAAAGGCCAUCUCCUUCGCCUUGAGUGUGGAUGAGGUGACAGACGAUGUGCAGUGGCAGCGCGUUAAAAGCACGUCCCAGCUGCAGCUGCUCUCCACCAUUGCUACUAACGGGGAUGACACCAGUUCUGUUGCCACGUCCCCUCGCUACCAUCACCGCCCUGCCCAACCAACCACCAGCCGCCACGUGGCGGGGGUGGUUGAGGAGGAGGCGAUUAGAAGAGCAGGGAUUGGACGACAGAAACGAGAAUUUGGUAGUGGUGGUAGUGGGAGGAGUGGGGACGGAGGUGGUGAGGGGCGUAGAGUGGGUUUGCGUGGUCGAGAGGAGUUGAGGAUGGUGAAAGGGGAGGGCCGUCCUUCUACGGUUUGGGAGGGAGUAGGGGAGUUGUCAGAGGGGAUUGGAGAGGAGGAGGGGGAGGAUGGGAAGGAGGGGAGCGAGGAGAGAGCAGGUGCUUGGGCUGGGCGGGAUAUUUUCAGUGAAGGAGGGAGGAGAGAGGUUGAUGGGGGGUUGAAGAGGCGUGUGGGCCCAAGAGGUGAGACCCCAAUCUGUGGGAGUAUGGUGGAUGGAGGGAUGAGGGGUGGUGGUGUGGGGAUGGUUGGGGAGAGGGAGGCUGAUGGGGAGGACGAUGUGUUGAGCUAUGGGUCGAGGCAGAGCCUUGGCGGGCUGGAGUAUGCCCUGCAGAGGGCGCAGGAGGGAGGUGCACAGGGAGCAGGGGACGAGGGAGGACGGGUGCAGCAGCACCAGUGGCAGAGUGCUGCGCGUAUGCCUGGAGAUGAGCAUGGGCAUGAGGAUGGUCUAAUUGGUGGGCAUUGCGAGUCAGGUUUUAGUGGGAGAGCAGAAGCUCCGGCAGGAUUGUUUGAGGCAGAUGGUGAUGAGGAGGACGAGGAUGAGGAGGACGAGGAGGAUGAGGAUGGGGUGGUGGUGGGAGCACUCCCUCCGCGUGGCUUGCAUGUGCCAGCAGAGCAAGCAGGGGCCGUGGAUCGAGGAGCCGUGGAAAGAGAUAGGUCUGGCAGAAGGCACGAAGGGGGGAGUGCACUAGACGCAACUGUUCCUGCUGAUUGGACUGCUGCGAAGCUGAGUGCGCCUCUCCUGCGGCUGGUGGAAGUGUUGCUGCACCUCGACGACCACGGCUGGAUCAGGCGGCAGGUGGUGUGGGUGGCGCGGCAGGUGUUGGAGCUGAGCAUGGGGGAUGCCAUUGAUGACUUCCUGCUCUCACAGAUCCAGAAGCUCCGCACAGAAUCCACCGUUGCCACAGUCAUUCGCUCCCUGCACCAGAAGUUGUGGCCGGAUGGUAUAUUCUACUCGCGCCAUCCGAAUUACCGAGCCUCAGUGGCAGCUUCGAGCUCCCGCACAGGCUCCUCUGCGCCUGCUGUCACUCGUCCCGACCCUCUUGGGCUCAACGUACCUCCAGAGUCCUUCCAGCAGCGACUGGAGGCUGCUGACAAGGCUGCUCGAGUUCAUCAGCUUCUGCUUGAAAUGGCGCCUGCUUCAAUUGUUCCACUGAUUGGUUUGCGGCACUAUCAGCGAUCAGUUUCAGACCUGUUCAGCUUUGUGCAGUCGCAGGUGUGUGUAAAGCAGCUGGCGCAUGCACUCUUGGAAGUGGUCAUACUAGCAUUGUUUCCAGAGCUGCAUGUUGUGGUUGCUGAGAUUCGCCAUGGCCUUAUUUAA